GUCCUGAUGUUUUGCUAACCCUAGUGGUGAAAAGGCGUCUUGGGGUUUGACAGUACUGGACUGACAAGACUGGAAUUUGACACAUGAAUAAUAUUUGUGUGUAUAUAUUCUAGGUUUUGGUUGGGGCAUUUGGUGCAGGAGCCAUGGGAGAGAUCAAGCACUUGGUGGUUGUUAAGUUUAAGGAAGGUGUUGUGAUCGAGGAAAUUAUAAAAGGGAUGGAGAAGCUGGUUUCAGAGGUUGAUCUUGUCAAGUCCUUUGAAUGGGGGCAAGAUACUGAAGGUCCAGAGAUGCUUACUCAAGGCUUUACUCAUUCCUUCUCCAUGACAUUCGACAAGAAGGAAGACUAUGCUGCAUUUCAGAGCCAUCCUAACCAUGUUGAAUAUUCUGCUACAUUCUCAGCAGCUAUUGAGAAAAUUGCGGUGCUUUGUUUCCCAUAUGUUCGUGUUAAGCCAGCUGCAUGAUCUAAAACAUCAUCUCAUGGUGAUAAAAGGCAAGAAACUGGUACUUGUAUGUGUGCUAUAAAGUGUGAAAUCAUUAUGUGUUUGCUUUGUAUAAUUUUUAGUGGCUAUUUCCUCUAGCUCACUCUUGUGAAUUUUCAACUUCUAUAUCGUGGAAAUGUUCUAUGGUCAUCUUGCUUUUUGAUCAUCUUUCUGAUGAAUAGACAGGUUUCCCUACUGUGAAA